UUUCACAGGACGUUAUAGAAGGCUGGUUUUGCAUGCACACUGGCCUGUGUUUAUCUGAGCAGAAUAGGCCUCUCCCUCCUCCCGCCUCUCAUUACCCAUCAUGCAGCGGGACGUUUAACACCAAGAUGGCCGAUACCAUGGAAGAAUAUGAGAAAGAAGCUGGCUGCGUCCCUAUUUUACACCCUGAGGAGAUCAAGACUCAGAGCCAUUAUAAUCAUGGAUACACCAGUGAUUCAGUUGGACGCAAAAGCCACAUGGAUGAUUACAGCACAUGGGAUAUUAUCAAGGCCACACAGUAUGGAAUUUACGAGCGAUGCAGAGAACUAGUUGAUGCAGGAUAUGAUGUUCGUCAACCUGACAAAGAAAAUGUUACUUUGCUUCACUGGGCAGCGAUUAACAAUAGGAUGGAUUUGGUGAAGUUCUACAUAUCAAAAGGGUCAAUAGUAGACCAACUUGGAGGAGACUUGAAUUCUACUCCACUACACUGGGCAACACGACAGGGGCACCUAUCUAUGGUUGUCCAGUUGACGAAAUAUGGUGCUGACCCAUCACUCAUUGAUGGAGAGGGUUGUAGCUGUAUCCAUCUAGCUGCACAGUUUGGACAUACAUCCAUUGUUGCAUAUCUCAUUGCAAAAGGACAGGAUGUAGACAUGAUGGAUCAAAAUGGAAUGACUCCUCUAAUGUGGGCAGCUUACAGGACACACAGUGUUGAUCCCACAAGGUUACUGCUUACCUUUAAUGUAUCUGUUAACCUUGGUGAUAAAUACCACAAGAACACAGCAUUGCACUGGGCAGUGCUUGCUGGCAACACUACAGUCAUUAGUUUGCUUCUUGAUGCAGGAGCCAAUGUUGACGCCCAGAAUAUAAAGGGAGAAUCACCGCUUGACCUUGCUAAACAGAGGAAAAAUGUUUGGAUGAUUAACCAUUUGCAAGAAGCCAGACAGGCCAAAGGCUAUGAUAACCCCUCAUUCUUUAAAAAGCUAAAAGCAGAUAAGGAAUUUCGUCAAAAAGUUAUGCUGGGAACUCCAUUCCUGGUAAUAUGGCUCGUUGGUUUUAUUGCUGACCUUGAUAUAGACUCCUGGUUAAUUAAAGGCCUAAUGUAUGGUGGAGUCUGGGCAACAGUGCAAUUCUUAUCAAAAUCGUUUUUCGAUCACUCAAUGCAUAGUGCCCUCCCCCUUGGUAUAUACCUGGCAACCAAAUUCUGGAUGUAUGUCACCUGGUUCUUUUGGUUCUGGAAUGAUCUGAGUUUUCUGUUCAUCCAUCUACCAUUCCUAGCAAAUAGUGUUGCCCUCUUUUACAAUUUUGGAAAAUCUUGGAAAUCUGACGCUGGAACUAUUAAAGCUACAGAAGAACAAAAGAAGAAGACAAUAGUGGAACUUGCUGAAACAGGGAGUCUAGAUCUGAGUAUUUUUUGCAGUACCUGUUUGAUUAGGAAGCCGGUAAGAUCCAAGCACUGUGGAAUUUGCAAUCGUUGCAUAGCAAAGUUUGACCACCAUUGUCCAUGGGUUGGCAACUGUGUUGGUUCUGGAAACCAUCGUUAUUUCAUGGGAUAUCUGUUUUUCCUUCUCUGCAUGAUAUGUUGGAUGAUAUAUGGAUGUAUCUCUUAUUGGGGAAUACAUUGUGAUACCACUUAUACUAAAGAUGGAUUUUGGACGUAUAUUACACAAAUUGCCACAUGCUCACCCUGGAUGUUUUGGAUGUUUCUAAACAGUGUCUUUCACUUGAUGUGGGUGGCUGUUUUACUUAUGUGUCAAAUGUACCAGAUUUCUUGCCUGGGAAUAACAACAAAUGAACGGAUGAAUGCCAGAAGAUACAAGCACUUUAAAGUUACAACAACAUCCAUUGAAAGCCCUUUCAACCAUGGAUGUAUCAGAAACAUUAUAGACUUCUUUGAAUUCAGAUGCUGUGGCCUCAUCCGCCCUGUAACAGUGGACUGGACAAGACAGUACACAAUCGAAUACGAUCAAACCUCAGGCUCAGGAUAUCAGCUGGUGUAGCCGACACUACAUCCCUACUCUGGCAAGCUCCAGUGUUGCCUGAAAAUGGCUAUUUGUCUCUCGCAUAAAAUCGUCCCUUGAACUAAAGCAUGCUGUUUGUAGGGCUAAUGAGAAAUAUCACAGUACCUUCUAUCUGUCAGCAUUUUAUCAGCGAGAGUUAAUAUGGACAGGGCAAAGUGCCCAUACUGAGAAAGAGGAAGAAACCGAAAAUUGAUUUGAACAGAUCCUGGUAUCAGGAUUAUUUUGAACAGCAGUAAAUUUCAUUUUUUUUUUUAUUUAUUUUUUUUACUAUCACACUAUUCACAGCAAAGCAUGGCAUAUUGCUCUUGACAUGCUUGUCUUGUUCUGCUUGAAGAAAAUCCCUUCAUUGCCUUUUUUUUUUUUUUUUUGGUUUUAUAUAAAGAAACUCUGUGGAAUGAGGCUUUGCGGUAAACUAUUUUAAUCCCCAAAAUGGCCAGGCUGGUUCUGAACUACUGUGGCAAUUUUAUUCCUGUAAUGUGAUCUUCCACAGUUGUGCUGUUUUGUGUCUUUGAAAAUGUGAAUCUUGAUACUAGCCUGGGAAAUCUGGCAGUGUUUAUUGACCUUUGUUAGGUUAAGUUGGCAAGAGGGGAGCAUGAGGAUAAUGUUAACAACUGAAUGUAUGUUUCCUACAUGUUAUGACUAUCCGCUGUUUCCUGCAUCUGUGGAAAUGAAAUGCUUUACACUCCUU